UAUAAAAGAAGUAUUUUUAUUUACUAGCGUACUAGCAUUUGAUAGAUCUCAACAGGGCUCGACUCCUCUCACGCAAGGCGAAAAUGUGUGUGAAAAUCCAAAAAAAAGAAAUAUUUCAGUUUGACAGUAUUAAGCCGUGAGGCGAAAUAUACACACAAAAUCAGCUGAUCUAGUAACACCACCAUUUAUAAAUUCACCUUGGUCUCAUACGUGAUCGAAUUAACGUCACGUAAAACUCACAUUUUUCGGAUUUUGACAUCGUGAACGUAUUGUUUUUAUCGUAAUUCGGUUUGAUGUCACAUGUGAACGAAUUUUUUAUAUCGUAAUUCGAUUUGAUGAAAUACGGGAACUAGUGGUGAGCGUACUCGUUCGUUCGAAAUGUCAUUCGAACACUACCUGUCAAUCGAGCGCGAACCAAACAACGCAAAUGUCCAAUUAUACUAAACUGAACCCUACCCAAAAGGAUGUAAUGGUGGAGUUUAUGGCCGAGCACCCCAACUUGGCUAAGAGCAAAUUUUCUAAUUUCGCACAAGGCAGAGCUAAAUCGAUCAGUCUCUGGGAGGAGCUUUCUAUGCAACUAAAUGCAGUAGGCCCACCAUUUAAGGAUUGGCGGAAGUGGAAGAAGGUUUUCGCCGAUCUAAAAUAUCAGGCGAAGAAAAAACUUUCCCACAAUAAAUCUGGAGGAGGAAUCUAUACUGAGAAGGUCAUUACUGCCUCUGAGGAGCUGAUACUUGAGGCCGCCGGAUUGAAGGCUUGUGAUGAAAGCGACAAAAGUGAGCCAGCGUGCGGAAAUGCACCAUCUGCAGAAUCAUACAAGCACGGCAGUGACAGUGGUGACAGCAAUUUCGGCGACAGAGAGGCAAGCUCAACCCAUAGUGCCUUGCCGGGCCCAUCUCCAUCGGCAUUCACUUCCACUCGUAGCGAAACACCACGCAGCGACAUACAAAGACGAGCAAGUGGGAGUGAUGAAGAGAUGAAACUUCUCCAAACGCCACCCAGCGACAUACAAAGACGAGCAAGUGAGAGUGAUGACGAGUUGCAACUCCUCCAAACACAACGCAGCGACAUACAAAGACCAGCAAGUGGGAGUGAUGAAGAGUUGAAACUCCUCCAAAUGAAUUUAAAAUCUGUUGCAGACUUUCAAAGAAAUAUGGAUGCAAAAAUAGAUAAGUUGUUGGAGACGCAGGAGAAGUUGUUGGCCGUGCAACAAAGAUUCCUGGCGAUCAAGGAGGAAAAGCACCGCAUUCAACAGUCCUCGCGAGAAACAGAGCUAGAAAUAAAACGAUUAAAAUUAGAAACAUUAGCCAUGGUAAUUAAUAAUCUCAAAUCUAAAUAAAGUUUGUAUUCGCCAGCAGA